AUGCGGCUGGCCGUUCGCACAGUGCCCUACCUGGGCCACUUUAUCGUUCCUGGCGGAACAGCGCCGCAGGACGUGAAGGUGGAAGCCAUUGUACGGAUGGUUCCGCCUCGGGACAUCUCGGAGUUGCGGGCCUUCCUAGGCACCUGCGGUUACUACCGAAGAUACGUCCCGAACUAUGCGCGCAUCGCCGCACCCCUGAACUGCCUGCUUCAGAACGGCGUUGUCUGGAACUGGGUUGCUGACGAGCAGAAAGCUUUCGAGCUGCUUAAGCUCAAGCUGACUGAAGCGCCCGUCUUGCGGCACCCCGACUUCACCAGACCCUUUGAGCUGUACACCGACUGGAGUGCCACUGGGCAGGGCGCUGUUCUCGCACAGCGUGACGAGGAAGGGAAAGAGUGCGUGGUCGCAUACGCGUCACAAAGCACUGGCAACAAUCGAACGGAGCGAAACUACUCCAGCUACCAUGGAGAGUGCUUAGCCGCCGUCCGGGGAGUUUGCUACUUCCGCGUGUACCUCUACGCGAGGCAGUUCACGCUGAUCACAGACCACGAGCCGUUGCAGUGGCUGAUGACGAACACGAAGUUGACGGGCAUGCACGCCCGCUGGGCGAACAUCCUGCAGGAGUACGAUCUGACGAUUGUACACCGCACCUGCCUUGCCAUCCUGGCCGGCACCCUGAGCGAGCCGGAGGACCCAGAGUUGACGCGCCUACUAAGCCCUGACGGCAUUCAGGCACCAGAGAGAAGCCUGGCGGACGCGCCAGAAGAAAUUCCUGCCGACGCGCAUGCAAAAAGCCCUGCACAGCUGCAGGCAGAAAGCCCUGCAGACGCGCAAGCACUUGCGAUCGUGGCGCCCCUGCGUGAGGCCGCCGAUGACGAUGUUGACUUGCCGGUCCGAUUUGACCGCGAGAUUUGGGAGGACGCCCCCGUAAUGGCGUACCUGGAGGCUGGCGUGUACGCAAACGGCGUGACACCGAAGCAGAAGGAUCGCAUCUGGCACCGAGCCCAGAGCUAUCAGUUGAAGGACGGCGUCUUAAGGACGCCUCGUUGA